GGGAUUGUGGGAUAGUGCAUUCCAUGCAAAGCUUCACAACACUGGAUGUUGUGAAAACUAACCAUAGUCUACACAUCCUGUUAUGAAUCGUAUGAACAUGAUGGAACAGGUCCAUCUUGCCGGUGAAGAUGAGGAGGAUAUCUACUCCGGGUUUAAUGACUACAAUGCCACUUUGGACACAGAGGAUCUACAACAUGACCCGACAUUCCAGAAGGCAGUGAUGAGGACGAGUCAUGGUCGACGACCCCCACCAACAGCUUCUCGAGGUCUAGCUGUAGGAGGUGCUGGAGCUGGAGCAAGGCUUGGAACAGCAGCACGAGGCCGUGCAGGAAUACCAUCAUCGAUGGGGCGUCUUCAGACUGGGGCAGUGGCUGCUGGAGGCACUGACAUGGCCAGACCCAUGACAGCAGUCCGAGCAGCUGGUUACACUUCAGUUGGGAAUAGAGGGGCAGGGUUUGACCCCAUGAACCAAGGGAAUAAGGGUCCUGCACCUCCUCUGGAACCUAAGCCAGAAGACAGUCCUGAGGAGAAGAUCAGACAACUGGAAAAGAAGGUGAACACAUUGAUUGAAGAGAGCUGCUUUGCCAAUAGUCGCGGAGAAUUUAGUCUGGGUCUGGAAAAGGCAAAGGAAGCAGGGAGGAAAGAAAGAGUCCUGGUCCGUCAGCGAGAACAACAGUCCAUGGGGGACCAAAUCAAUCUAGAUCUGACCUACUCAGUUCUCUUUAACCUCGCCAACCAGUAUGCUGCAAAUGAAAUGUUCAAUGAAGCCCUCAACACUUACCAAGUCAUCGUCAAAAACAAAAUGUUCAGCAAUGCUGGUCGUUUAAAGGUGAACAUGGGCAAUAUCUACUUCAGACAGAGAAACUUCCCCAAGGCUAUUAAACACUACCGAAUGGCUCUUGAUCAGGUGCCAAACUCUCACAAAGAGAUGAGGACUAAGAUCAUGCAGAACAUCGGAAUUGUGUUUGUAAAGAUGGGUCAGUACACUGAUGCCAUCACAUCAUUUGAGCACAUCAUGUCUGAGGCUCCAAGCUUUAAGACCGGGUUUAACCUGAUCCUCUGUUACUUUGCCUUGGGAGACCGGGAGAAGAUGAAGAGAGCCUUCAACAAGCUCCUUACUGUUGAUCUCAAGGUGGAUGACGAGGAUAAGUACCUCCCUCAUGGUGAAGACAAGCACUACAAUCUAAUACUGGAGGUGAUCAAGAACGACCCUCUGCGGCAGAUAGAGAGACAAAGGAAGUAUGAGGCAGAAAACUGUAUCAAAACAGCAGCCAAGAUAAUUGCUCCUGCCAUAGAAACCUCAUUUGCCUCUGGAUAUGACUGGUGUGUGGAGCAGGUGAAGACUUCCCAGUACGUUGAUUUAGCCCAUGAUCUGGAGAUAGACAAAGCCAUCAUGUACCUAAAACAGAAGGACUUCAACUUGGCCAUUGAAACAUUGAAAUCAUUUGAGAAAAAAGAUUCCAAAGUGGCCAGUACAGCAGCCACCAACCUGUCCUUCCUUUACUUCCUGGAGAAUGAUCUGGAUCAAGCAGACAAAUAUGCUGAGUUAGCCAUGUCAUCAGACAGGUACAAUCCUGCAGCUCUGGUCAACAAGGGAAAUGUUGUAUUCAAAAGAGGUGACUUUGAAAAGGCCAGAGAGUAUUUCAAGGAGGCUCUGCAGAAUGACUCGUCCUGUGUGGAGGCCUUGUAUAAUUUAGGACUGUGUAACAAGAGGAUCAACCGACUUGAGGACGCCCUUGACUGUUUCUAUAAACUACAUGCCAUCCUCAGAAACAGUCCACAAGUGAUGUACCAAAUAGCAGACAUGUUUAUGCAGUUGAUAGGAGUGGUACCCACAGACACAUCUGUGCUGGCGAAAACCGGAGAGAUCUAUGAUAAUGAAGGAGACAAGUCACAGGCAUUCCAGUAUUAUUAUGAUUCCUAUAGAUAUUUCCCAUCCAACAUUCCAGUAAUAGAAUGGUUAGGAGCAUAUUACAUAGAUUCCCAGUUCUGUGAAAAAGCCAUCCAUUACUUUGAGAGAGCAAGUAUAGUACAACCUGCCCAGGUGAAAUGGCAGCUAAUGAUAGCUAGCUGUCAUCGUAGAAGUGGAAAUUAUCAAAACGCCUUAGAAACUUACAAACAUAUACACAAACGGUUCCCUGAAAAUGUAGAAUGUUUAAAAUUCCUGGUUAGAAUAUGUUCUGAUCUGGGUCUAAAGGAAGCACAAGAAUACGCCACAAAGUUAAAGAAGGCAGAGAAGACCAAAGAGAUGCGUGAACAGAGGGCCAGUAGUGGAACCAGGAGAGGAAGUGGGCGGGGUCGUAGAGGAGAAGAUACAGACGAGAGUAGUGGUGGAAGGAAAACCAGUGGACAGAGAAGAGGUGGGGGUAAAAGACGACCUAACCUGGAUGAUGUAGACGAUGGAGCUUAUCAGAUGUCCAGUAAACAGGACAUAGGAGAGGAUAUCAAAAAUGAUGCAUCCUACAGUGAUCCUCUGGGGCCUCAAAUGGAACGUCCUAAGACAGCUGCUGUCCGAGGAGGGAAAGCAGAGGAGGAUAUGUUUGAUGAAGAACUUGGAGAAGACAUGUUACCAGAGUAGAGGACAGCUUCACCAACGAUGUCUGUGUUGAUGUUGUCAAACAAAACAUUCUAAUUAAUAACUUUAUGGUAGACUCAUUCCGUCCUGACUUGAAUCUCUGGAUUACUAUUGACUUUUAAAAUUGAGCAAACCUCAGUGAUUUUACAUGUGCGUUAGAAGAGUACAUGACAUUUUUUUGUUGUGUGCAGCAGAAUGGAUACAUCUUAUAAACAGUGUCAAAUUGUUUUGAUGUCAUUACAGAAAUGCCACUGAUUAGUAUGUAAGAUAUAGUUAUUUAUUUAUUGAAAAUUGAUGAAACGCAAAUUUGUCAACUGUGAUACUAUAUUCAUUAAAUCAUUGUUACAUGGAAA